AUGGCACAGGUGAGGGCUCUACAGAAAAUCAUGGCUCUUUUAUCUGCUGACAGCCUAGCUGCUGUGAACAGCUCUGACACACGCACAGCAGGCUGCCUGCUCACUGGCAUCCCUGGGCUGGAGCAUCUACACAUCUGGUUCUCCAUCCCCUUCUGCACUAUGUACAUAGCUGCCCUGGUGGGUAAUGGCAUUUUGAUUUCUGUCAUCCUCUCCCAGCCAAGUCUGCAGGAGCCCAUGUACAUAUUCUUGUGCAUGCUGGCCAGUGCUGACAUCUUACUCUCCACCUCCACCAUGCCCAAGGUGCUGGCCAACUUCUGGUUAGGCUCCAGCUACAUUUCCUUUGAUGGCUGCCUCACUCAGAUGUUCUUCAUCCACUUCCUCUAUGUGGCAGACUCUGCUGUCUUACUGGCCAUGGCCUUUGACCGCUAUGUGGCCAUAUGUUCUCCCCUACGAUAUGCCACAAUCCUCACAAGCAAGGUUAUUGGGAAGAUCGCCAUGGCCACCCUGGCGCGCAGCUUCAUCAUCAUGUUUCCAUCCAUCUUUCUCCUCAAGCGCCUGCAUUACUGUCGGAUCAACAUCAUUGCACACACAUUUUGUGAGCACAUGGGCAUCGCCCGUCUGUCAUGUUCUGACAUCUCCAUUAACGUCUGGUAUGGAUUGGCAGCUGCUCUUCUCUCCACAGGCCUGGACAUCAUCCUUAUUGCUGUCUCCUACAUCCACAUCCUCCGAGCUGUCUUCCACCUCUCCUCUGGAGAUGCCCGGUCCAAGGCCCUGAGCACUUGUGGAUCUCACCUCUGUGUCAUCCUACUCUUCUAUAUCCCUGCCCUCUUUUCUGUCUUUGCUUACAGGUUUGGUAGGAAAUAUAUCCCACGCUAUGUCCACAUCCUCCUGGCCAACCUCUAUGUGGUCAUCCCACCUAUGCUCAAUCCCAUUAUUUAUGGAGUAAGAACCAAGCAAAUUAUGGAAGGGGCUAGGCAUUUGUUUUCAAACCUGGCCAAAAGUUCUAAAUAA